ACCGCUCCGUAAACGUGUAGGCUCGUACACAUAUCUAUAAUAUUCCAUAUUCUCUAAGACCGUAAUACCUUUGUUCGCUAUAUAUUAAUGCUCAUAAAAACUUAAUCAGAUUAUACUUGUCGAGACAUCUUCAAAUAAUCAGACGUGUACAGUGUAACGCAUGUAACGGAGUAUCGGGCGAAAAGUCAGCACAAUUGGGAAGUUACGUUAUUUGAGAAGAAAGAUAAUUGUCAAAAUGUUCAACCUGUACCAGCACAUGAAGGCGACGAACGAGGGGAAAGAGCAAAGGGAGCCAGAGACGACGGGCCAUGACAGGUUUUAUCAGGAGCGUCCGAGGUCCAGUUAUAGGAAAAAGAAGCGUCGGGGAUCCUGCAGGAGGGCCCAGUCAGCGGCUGAACUGAAUCCCGAGUCUAUCGCUGCGGCUAAUAAGAGAAACGCGUUUCGUAUUCGCUCCGUGUCAACUGACAAAGAAGAGAGUGAAGAGGAAAAUUCAGAUCGUACUCCACUUGUUGCACAGAAAAUAGAUUCUUUAGCAAAGUUGUUGUUCAAUAAGUCAAUUAUGGGUUCAGGGUCCGACAAGAACUCUCCUUCGGAGCCAUCGCCUAAGUAUCCUGAGUGUACUAUAGAAAGUGGCGUGGCGAAGGCUAUAUGCUCUGAAUAUCUAUCAAAAACACCUAGAUAUGUUCUGCUUCAUCCAUUAAGCUCAAUAGGAUAUCGCACCAACAAGCACUGGUUUGCGAUACACGAUAACUCUAUCAAAACUGAAAGGCUGCUUACGUUGGUGCCGCUAACAAACAAGUGUCCAAUAGAGCCCAAUGAUCGCACCCAAAGCCUCAUAAUGGAACUGUUCCGAGCCCUGCAUCACCCUUACAUCUACCCAGUGCUGGAUUUGGAGAUGUGCAACGGACACGCCCUUGCUGUGUUACCGUUUAAUUCGAAGGGGAGCUUGAAGGAUUUACUUUAUAAGAGUACUUGGAGCGAUGAAUAUUUAAAGAAAUACACAACAGUAGGAACAGGUCUGCCGGCUUCUCAGGUGGCGAGGUUCGGCCGACAAAUACUUGAAGGACUGCUCUUUUUAAAGGAUAAAGGAUUCCCGCCUUUCAGGCACUUGCAUUCUGGGAACGUGAUUAUACAAAAUGGCGUAGCACGAAUCUGCGGUUUGGAAAACACGCUGAUAGGCACGACCCCCCGCUUUCCGAACACGAUAGCUGUUCCUCUGCAGCACGCGGAGACGCUCUCUCUUGGCCACGUGCUAUUUGAGAUGUGUGCUGCUGCCGAAACCGACUUCUCCUUACUUCCGGACCUUCAAGCUAAUUAUCCACAGGUUGUAGAAAUAAUAGAAAUGAUCUUCAGUCCGCGCACACCCAGUCUACACGAACUGUUAUUGUGUGAGACGUUCAGGAAGAUUGACCUGCGAGAGAUGAAGGGCUCCUGUUUGCCAAAUUUUAGCCAACGUCUUUCACACUCUUGUCUAUCUCUACUAAACGAAGUGUCCCGUCGUCAACCCGGGCUGCAGGGGGACUCCCCUACCCGGGACUAUCUGAGGUUUGGGGACAUGCCCCGCGACGCCCGCUCAUUUGGGGACAUCUCUCCCCCGAGUAUCCUCUUUAGGGAUUCCACACCACCCCAUACGCGAGGAGACUAUACUCCCCCAAGGAUAUUGAGGGGAGACUGCACUCCGCCAAGGCAUGCGGAUUCUCCAGGGACCCCACCUCCUCACAGACGUACCCUCGUCUAUCAAGACUCAACAGAAUCCUGGCCGUGGUAACUCAACAUUAGGUUAAUAAUUAAGAGCAUUUCUGUGUUUGUAUUAUAAUACCUCCGAUAUAAAUAGCUAGCAAAUUUAAUAUAUUAA